CAAGACCAAGACCAAGAAGAAGCAUUUCGUGUGCCAGAAAGUGAAGCUAUUCCGAGCCAGCGAGCCGAUCCUGAGCGUCCUGAUGUGGGGGGUGAACCACACGAUCAAUGAGCUGAGCAAUGUCCCUGUCCCUGUCAUGCUGAUGCCAGAUGACUUCAAAGCCUACAGCAAGAUCAAAGUGGACAAUCAUCUCUUCAAUAAGGAGAACCUCCCCAGUCGAUUUAAGUUUAAGGAGUACUGUCCCAUGGUGUUCCGCAACCUCCGGGAGAGGUUUGGGAUCGAUGAUCAGGAUUACCAGAACUCCGUGACGCGCAGUGCCCCCAUCAACAGUGACAGUCAGGGCCGCUGCGGCACCCGCUUCCUCACCACCUACGACCGGCGCUUUGUCAUCAAGACUGUGUCCAGCGAGGAUGUAGCUGAGAUGCACAAUAUUCUAAAGAAGUAUCACCAGUUCAUCGUGGAGUGCCACGGCAGCACCCUUCUGCCCCAGUUCCUGGGCAUGUACCGCCUCACCGUGGACGGAGUGGAGACCUACAUGGUGGUCACGAGGAACGUGUUCAGCCACCGGCUCACAGUGCACCGCAAGUACGACCUCAAGGGCUCUACUGUUGCCAGAGAAGCGAGUGACAAGGAGAAGGCCAAGGACUUGCCAACCUUCAAGGACAAUGACUUCCUCAAUGAGGGGCAGAAGCUGCACGUGGGAGAGGAGAGCAAAAAGAACUUCCUAGAGAAACUGAAACGGGAUGUGGAGUUCCUGGCCCAGCUGAAGAUCAUGGACUACAGCCUGCUGGUGGGCAUUCAUGACGUGGACCGGGCCGAGCAGGAAGAAAUGGAGGUGGAGGAGCGGGCGGAGGACGAGGAGUGUGAGAAUGACGGGGCGGGCGGCGCCCUGCUCUGCCCCUAUGGCACGCCUCCUGACAGCCCGGGGAACCUCCUCAGCUCCCCCCGCUUCUUCGGGCCCGGGGAGUUCGACGCCUCUGUUGACGUCUACGCCAUGAAGAGCCAUGAGAGCGCCCCCAAGAAGGAGGUGUACUUUAUGGCCGUCAUCGACAUCCUCACUCCGUAUGACGCCAAGAAGAAAGCUGCACACGCUGCCAAAACCGUGAAACACGGGGCGGGGGCCGAGAUCUCAACUGUGAACCCUGAGCAGUACUCCAAACGCUUCAACGAGUUCAUGUCCAACAUCCUGACGUAGCUGUCUCCUACCUUCAGUGCCGGAGCCAGAGCUGAGUGGGGGGCUGGGCUGGUGAGGGGGGCAGGGAAGGGACUGGCUGUGGGCUGCAGCCUGGGACAUGGAGAGAGGCACUCCAGCUGUGUGUGGGGGUUGGGGGGACGUGCCACUCCGCAGUGCCCACAGGCUGUCGCUCACCUGUGUGCGCCUCUGGUUUUUAUUUCCACAGGACCCUCUUUGUUUCUCAGCUACCUUGGGGUGAGAAAUGGUCUUGUGGGUUCCCUUGGGCUUUGUUUCUGAAAUUCUGUUGCUCCAGGUUUGCUAUUUAUGAUGAUGUAUGUCAUCGCCAUAUAUGUCGUCCCCACCCCCUCCCUACUCUGCACCAAGAGGCCUUGGGAGCAGAGCUGGCUCUCUCUGGCACCGGAAGGGGAAGGGCAGCCCCAGCCCUGCCCCCACCGCAGCAGGGGGCUACAUCUCUGGCCUGUUGUUCUGUGGAGCGUUGUGCACACCCGCUUCCCCUGGAGUCAAGUGCAAUGUUCUCAUAGUCCUCCCUCCCCAGGGGGCGCUCUGGGCCCACACCUGGCAUCGUGGGCCACAGUCUAAGCUCUUGGGGCGAGCUAAGGCACCCUCAUGGGACAGGAAAGAUUGGGGACUGCUGAUUCUCAGAGAACACCCCUGGUCAUCAGCUAAGCCCCUGGAGUUCAGCUGGCCUCCCCAGGGUCCAGAGGAAGCAGAGAGCACCUUCACAGCUCAGUCCCGGUACCCUCACGUGUGGACGGUUAUUUCCCCUCGGGAGAAUCCCAGAAGCUGGCAAGCAUCCCCCAGGCCACCCUCCCUUCGUUCCCUGGGGACUCCCCCCUGCCCCCUCCACAGGCCGUGCACCAAGCGGAGUGUUUGGUAGGCCUGUCACCACGGAAGUGAGCUGGCUCCCUGUGCCCGUGGAUUUUCACCUGGAUGCUUCCAGAAUCCCAGCGCUCCUGAGGUCAGCCGGCAAGGAGCAGUGCGCCUCCUCCAUGAGGAAAGUCUAGCUUCUGAGACCUAGAAAAGCCGGUUAGAAGGCUUGAGGUGGGAUCUGACGGGGUCCCAAUGGUCAGCAUGUCUGCUGUCGGCCGGCUGCCUCUGGAAGAGUGGCACCUUGCAGGGUCCUUCCCGUCCCACGGGCCACCACCGGAGACUUCUUCCGGGCCGCGAUCCCCUGCCCAGUGGCAGCAGCACAGUCUGGCCCUGCCUGCUCUCCUCACCCUCACCAGUAGCUGGGCCUUUGGGGCAAGAUACAGUAAAACUUGUAGAGACCCCCAAAGCCGCGAAGCUGGUUUGUGGAGUCAUUUUGAGUGAGUGGGAAGGUGUGCCCCCCCACCUCCCCCCGGCCCUGCUCCGAGUCUGUUGCAGGUGCCCUGAUUUAGGUCAAGGGCUCCCUGGGGCUGCGUGGUGGGCUGCAAGGCCCUCUGCAAGAGGCUGCUGGAUGCCCGGUCUGUCUGCAGCAAGGCCACUGAGUGGCGGGAACUGAGCAGGCCACGAUGGAGAAAACAAAUGCAACUGAGAAAGGACUGUGUCGGAGGUUUCGACUGCCCUGCUUCAGAAUCAUGGAUGGAAUUUUGGUUCUGCUUGUCGUCAGACUCGGUGUCUCCAGAGCUUGGAAAGCUGCCCCCUCCAGGCCACCCCUCCCCCAGUUCUCUGCAUUUGGUCUGCUGAUCAUGUUGCCAUAACAUGUAUGAAAAGUGUAGCAUCAUCUUAACAUUUAAGACAACUUCCAGGUAUCUAACUUGUUUAACAAUGAGUUUUUGUUUGGGGCUUAUAUUUUUUUGUAUAUUGUUUACAUUUUUGAGAGGUAGCAUUCUGUUUCAAAUGCUGUCUUUGUUCUCCUGACAGUAUUGUUUGGGUCGAAACAUUUGAACCACGGAGAAGUGUGUUUUCAAAAAGGUCCCUCCUCGCCUUUCUUUCCCUCUGUUCUCUCCACACCCGGCGAGGCCCGCGUCCUUUGACAUUCACGUCUUCUCAAGGCACCUGGGUUUAGACGAGGUUUCCCUUUUUGUUCGUUUUAUACAGAUGAAGACGUUUUAUUUGGAUUGCAAUCUGAAUGUCGAGAAAGUGAAUCCGCCCCAUUCUUUUCCCUCUACAUGUGCCACCCGCCUUGCCCUUCCUGUAAAAUGCCUCUGUGGGCAACUGGCCUCAGCCUCCCUCCUGGGGCCGUGAAGAGCAGCUACCAACCCAGACCGAGGUAGAGGAAUGGGACCUGGCUGACUGGGGAAGGCCUGGCCUGCAUGAUGGGGCGUGGGCAGGAGGCCUUGCCCCUUUCCUCACUCUGCCACCCGAGGGGUAGCAUCUAGUCACCAUACCCCCCCUCCCCUCUGCCGAGAAAAUGGUAGUCCCAGAGCCCAACUGAGGCAUUCUCUGGAACUCUCCUCAGACCACUAGACGAGGCCUCUGGUCCUUCUUCCUGUUAACCACUGAGUCUGUGUUCCUCAGCCCCUGCCCCCAUGCCAGUGGUAUGGGGGUACAGGGCUGCCGGAAGGCAGCAGCUGCAGGGCUGCCAAUACAGCUGUGCUCAAUCUCCCCAUCUAGCUCAGGGGUCACAGGCCUGUGGCAGGUGCCACGAAUCGCCCCUGGGGCUGUUCUCAGCGGCAUCUUUGUUCCCACCCCAGGCAGCUCUUCCUCUUCCGCCUUCACUUCCGCCCUGUGCGUCAGGCCGCACGCGGGCCCUGGCCAUGCUCAGGGCGAGACCAGCCCGGCUGGAAGGCGCUCUGGCUUUUAGCCCUCCGAGUCGAGAGCUCUUCACUCUGGCAGUAAGGUGGGGUCAGCCUGAACACAGACAGGGUCAAAGGGAAAUAGCACGCAGAUAACUGGCCAGUCUAUCAGCCUGCUCCCCGAGAGACGCACCACUUAUGAAUCGUGCCCCGCCCCACGCACACCCCCAGGGGAGGAGGAGGUGACAUCUCCAGGGGCAGCGGUGCUGAGAUCCCAGCAGACGCUUGAGCGGAAACUUCCAGGAGGCCUGCCCCUUGCUCAGUGCCGUCUCACAAGGCAGGGAGGCAGCAGCUGGAUCAUUGCAGUUGAGCGUCAACUUCGGAGAACCAGAUAAGCAACCACCCCACCACGUGUGACUUCUCAUUUCUCCUCUGCGAUGUCCAUUUUUUAAAUAGGAAUUUCCAACCCUCUGUGCUUGUCUCAUGUCUGCUCGGAACAGUUCGAGAACCUGUUACUGUUUUAAAAUGCAUGCAUGUUAAGAUGACUCUCCCAUCCGAGGGAAAAAUAAAACUCAAAAAGCUUUGUGUA